AUGUACUCAGGGGAAAAAUCUACCACUGUGGUAAACUCCACAUUUGUUCGUCCUACAAAAUUCUACAUCGGUGGGUUUUCCAACCUUCCUCAUGUUAAAUAUUAUUAUGUUUUCUUGUGUUUUGUUUACAUCAUGACUGUUCUUGGAAAUGGUUUUCUGCUGUCUGUUAUUUACUUUGUGAAAACUCUUCAUACUCCCAAAUACUUAAUUGURUCUAAUCUGGCUUUYACAGAUUUGUGUGGGAGCACUGCUCUCAUCCCUAAACUGUUGGACACAUUUUUAUUUGACAGGAGAYAUAUUGCCUAUGAAGCUUGUUUAAGUUAYAUGUUCUUUGUUUUUUUCUUUACAUUUGUGCAGUCAUGGACACUUGUGACAAUGGCAUAUGACAGAUUUAUAGCAAUUUGUUUCCCUUUAAGAUACCACAGUAUUGUGACUUAUAAAUCUGUAGUUGCUACACUGCUGUUUUCAUGGAUUUUUAUGAUGAGUAUGAUGGCAACCACAGCUGGGUUUAUUAAUCGUCUUUCUUUCUGUGGAUCUUUAGUGAUACAAAGUUUUUUCUGUGAUCAUGGACCAAUAUAUCGCCUGGCUUGUAAUGACUUUUCUUAUAGUUAUAAUAUGGCUUAUGUUGUCUUAAUUUCAGUCAUUUUUCUUCCUCCUGUACUGAUAUUUUUAACUUAUGUUUGUAUUUCUGUUGCACUGAGCAGGACUACAUCAAAGGAUCAACGACUUAAAGCACUGAAAACUUGUACUUCUCACCUGAUUCUHGUUGCUCUUUUCUUUCUACCACUGGUGGGCACCAAUAUAGCUGCUAUGACCUCCUAUAUUCAUCCAAAUGCUCGAAUUAUAAACUCCAGUUUAACCCACACAGUUCCAUCUAUGCUUAAUCCUAUUAUAUACUCUUUAAAAUCAGAAGAGGUGAUAAAUGCUGUUAAGAAGCUGUGCAAAAGAAACAAACUCAACAGUACAGUUACAAAGUGGUGA